GUUUCAAAGCACAUGAAAACACUAGAGCAAAAAAAAUAGUAAACUUUAUGACAAGUCAGUAGGUAUUUCAUUCCCGUUCAUUCGGGGUAGGAAUUAUCCAUUUCAUCGUCGUCUUCAUGUCCUCGAUACUAAAUCAUGAAAGUGAGCUUAAUGGAGGCCGGAGAUCAUUCUCAUCUGAUGAUUCUUCCUCUCUUUGCUCCGUUGAUUUGGGUCUUGGAUUCGGCUUGAAACCGGGCGGGUUGCCACGAUGCGAGAACGAUUCAGUUAGCAGCGAAUUAGAGGUACUUGACUUGUUUCAGGCUGAUACAGAAGAUACGACACAGUCCGAAGAAACUCUAGAAAAAUACCAGCACCGAUCCAAGCCGUUUACAUGGAGAACCAGUUUACAGGAGAGUGUAGAGCAGUUAAAAGAAAUUAAGGGUGGGUUAAGCCGGAUCUCUAAAUGGAGUUUGAAAAACUUGCCGAAGAGAAGUUUUUCUCUCAAGCUAAGGAACAGAACAAACAGCGAAAGUGCACCUAAUGACGUUGAUAAAGGUUGUAAAGUAAAGGCUUGUGGACUAAGGCGGAUAAAUUCGGCAAGAGGUUUGUUGUUUUGAAUUAUGUUUACAAUAAUACGUACUCUUAAAUUGAUAUUUUUGUUGAAGAGAAAUCUAUAAUUACAUUGGCGCUCUUUUGCGUAUAGAACGUUGUCCUGUAAAGUUAAAUCGCCCUCUGAAAUUAAAAUUUUUAUUAACCUGGAUUUCAGAAUAUUGUCAGUUUCAAAAUGUAGGGUUCACUUUGAAAGAAUGUUUUUUUCACACGUGUACCGGUCAUUGUUUACAGUACAUUUUGUUUUGGGUGUGUGAUUGUUUCUGUUGGUGUUUCAAAGAGUGAGCAAUUGUGGAAGGUAAUCGAUGUGGUCGAUCAAUCUUACGUGUGUAUGAUACCAUUCAAAUGGUAAAAUCUUCAGAGCAAAAACUUUCUAAAAAUGAAUCAGUGCGUAAUUGUAUUUGUAACAGGUAAAUGUUCCGGCUGGUUAGUUGAGGGUAACAGAUUCCGUUUUAACUCUUUAACUCUCAAGAGCGACCAAGACAGAAUUUCUCCUCGCAAUUGUCAAUACAAUAUCAAUCACAAAAGUGACGAGAAUAAGAAAAAUGUUAAUUAGGGGAUUCAGACAUUCCAACCCUCCCAAUUUGAUGCGUUGCCUCCCGCUCUCCUUAUUUUUAUCAGGUUUCCCCGAUUUAUCAUAAAAUCCUGACGACAAAGAAAAAAUUGCUCAUAUUAUAUGUAUUUUUUGGGAUCUUUUUGUGGCUUCCCACCGAAUGCGUUUAUGCCUUGUGGAAAGUAAGUUUACAAUUAUUCAUGAUCUUUCACAGAGGCCAUUGUAAAAAAAAUUUCCCUUUUUGAUUCUGAAAAGAUGGAUUAACAAGAGCAAAGAAAAGUUCAAAGAUAUCUGUGAUAAGAAUAAAGACCAUAUAGAAUACCACAAAAAUGAUGUCAAAAUGCAGGAAAUGCCACUGGAGAGAAACUAAAUUUGAAAGAGUUCCUGGGGAGGUAAUUGCCCCCAGACCCCUCUAGAGGCUCACACCUUUGGUGCUAAAAUAUACUCCCUAUUUUCCCUCAAAAGGGGUUGGAAUGUCUGGGGAUUGUAAAAAAUUAGUGACCCAAUAUCAAAAUUCUCCAACCCCUCUUGUGAAAUUAUAUGAAUUGUGCAACAGACAGUAGGGAGAAAUUUACUAAUGAGAUCUUGGGAAUGAAAGGGUCAAGGGACAGUUUGCUGGUCAGGGUCACUGCAGUCUUAAAUUAAUAUCUUAAAGAGUCAUCCAGACAGCUCUCAUCUGUAGUAUCCUGGGUUUUUGUAUAGGUAACAACUUGAAUUCAGGUGCAAUUUGGUGUUAAUAAACAUGAGUAAAUUUUAUAAAGACAGCAGAAUUGCACAAGCCUGUUGGGUGAGUGGAAUUUGUAGUCUUUGAAAAAUUUACAAGUGCUAAUCUACACUAAAUUACACAAGAAAUCAUGUGGCUACUUGUUAAUGAUUUACUGGUGCGAAAGGUGAAUGACAUGUCUGCAGCUGAUUCAAAAAUGCCUUUAGGUCUGCAGCCACCUGUUUAGUUAGGAAACAUACUACAAGAUGUAUAUGUUGUGGUUCAAUUUUAUCCUUGGUUCAAAUUUUAUUUUCCUUUGUUUCAAACUCAUUAUUAUACAUUACAAUACCCAAAAGCAAAAGAAAAUAAAAUUUGAACCUAGGAUAAAGUUGAACCACAACUUAUAAAAUAAUUCAAAUAGUACGCGCGCUCUGAUUGGCCAUAAAACCAUUUUACAUGAGUGUAUGUAAACAUGGUUUUCGUUCCUCUUUCAUUAGUUAUUUUAUAAGAGAAAUGUAAAAUGGUUUCCGUGUUUACAUAGCCUGAUGUAAACACUUGGGAGGUUGGGAGAACACUUGAUAAGCUGGAAACCACUCUGCUUCGUGUCGUGGUUUCCAGCUUAUCGAGUGUUCUCCCAACCUCCCACGUGUUUACAUCAGGCUAUGUAAACAUGGAAACUAUUUUACAUUUCUUCAAUAUACUUCUUUCAUUAUUAACUACCCAGUAGAUGUACAUCUAUUUCUACUAUUAAUUUGAUUUCUGACAUAAUUUUUUUGUAUGGUUUGAAACAGAAAGGAGAUCAGUAGUUGAAGAUGAUGAGUAUCGUGCCCUUCAGUGCAAACUUUUGAAAGCCAAACAAGUGAGUGGGUAUUGGAUAAUAUAAGAUAAACAGUAGCCUCAAUUUGGGGCAAAAAUAUGCUCAGAUAUCUGUCCUUGGGUACGAUCUGUCCUGUGAAGUGAACAGUUUUGUGUAUGAGCAAAUCUUAUGCAGCAAAAUCUCUGGGCUUCAAGGAAGACAUAAUGUCUAAGGACAUAUACAUGUAUGCUGGCAAAUGUUUUUAGCCGAAUGGUGACUAUUAUGUUUAUUAUCCAUCAAAUACAAUAAGGGAAGAAGAGUUUGCAAACAGCGUACCAUCAGAAACUUUCAGUUUGUGGGAGUUUGACUUUUCAGUGCCCUGUCAAACUUUUAUAAACAAUUGGGUUUGACUUUUCUUUUGUAACAAUAACUAAUUGCACUGCUAAAUCCAUCUUUAAUUAAGAUAAUUUUAAAUGGACCCUUUCAUCAUCUCAAACAAAAGGUUUGGGAAUUAGAUAAUAUCAGCAGUUAUACUUCAGUUAGCUGGGACAUAUAUAAUAUCAGCAGUUAUACCUCAGUUAGCUGGGACAUAUUCCGCCACCGCCAUCCUAAAAUCAAUAAGCAUAUUCUCCAUACUGUUCCCCAUACAUUUUUAAGGUACUGACAAGGAGAAUUUGUUAAACAAUCAGGACCUGCUUUAGUUGGUGAUGAUUUCCUUCUAUUCUUGUGACCUUGAUACUUGAUUCAGGGAUGAUAUUGUGAGGAGAAAUUAGAUGCUAGUCACUUCAGGGGAUUGAAGGGCUGACCAAAUAUUUUAGGGAUCAAACAUAUGGCAUUGCCUACAGUGCCCACAUCCAACAUAUCUUCAUCCAUGGUAGGUGAGGAAUUUGUUGGAGUCUCAAGCCUUCAGCUUACCUUACUUCAAUUGUAGUGAAAAAACUUGUUGCUUUGAAUUUCCAGGAAAUUGAAAAUUUGACUUUGGAUUUAGAAGUAUGUCAGCAACAGCUACAAAGCAAAUAUGGGGCUGUUAAAAUUAUCCAAAAUCUGUCACGUCUGGAACAAGCACAUCAAAAACAAUGUUCAAGGAAGGCAUUGGAAGCAAGCAAGAAACUUGAGCAGGUAAAUUUGCAGAAAUAGGGUGAUUAAUUAAAUUUUUGGGUGCGAUUUCAAUAGUAAUCUUGUGUAACUUUGUCAACCACUGCAUAAUGUUAAUUACAUGUCUUGAUUAGAAUUGGUGGUUCUUCAGUGUGUAACUUUCUUGUAAGUCAACUGGAUUUGAGUAUUUGACUGAAGAUUUAGAGGCUUAAGGAAAUCUGUUAACACUCAACUUCCAAAAUCUAAUUGUUAAUUCUACACUCCAGCUGCUAUACAUUUCCUUGUAAAAUAGUUCCAAAAAUUUGGUGUAAGAUCAAGGUGACAAUUUCUCAUUACCUGUUUGCUGGGUAAUGUAUGGAUAUUAUAGACAGGGAGAAGUUACAUGUUAAUCACAUCUGAGAGUUAAAAGAUUAAGGGAACAGAAAAUUUUAUAUUGCUUUUACUGGUGGCACUAUGUUAUGGGGGCCAGAAAUUUGAAGCUAUUUAAUAUGUAACAUUAUGUGCAUCCUGCAGCCAGAAAGAAAUUAGUGUUAAGUUAUGAAUUAUUGAGACUUGGUAUGGCAAUGAAAGCUCUGAAAGACUAUUUUUCCAACUUCAAGAGAAUUUUUCAAGGGGGAGAGAAUUUCAUGAUCAAAAUUGUGUAUUACUAUCAUCUGAGUUUGACAAAUAAUUGAUAAAAGGAUACUCUGACUAGUAAUGGAAAAAAUAUGAAGGUUUUAUUCCAGGUCUUUUAUUCUAAGGCACAGGUCAUAUUCUUUCCAACUUUCAGAAGAAAUAACAGAAUAAUUUGAUGCAUAUACAUCAGUUUAUCAGAAAUCAUUUGUCCAUACUAUUCACCAGUGUCUAAGUCAAUUCACAGAAGGCAUAAUCAUUUAAGGUUGCUUGGUGUAUCAUUUCAGUCUCUAUUUUUUUCCAACAUAUUUAUUUUUUGAAAAUGUGAUCUAGGAGGUGAAUUUUCUUCAGUGGGAGCUUGAGCUGAAACAGAGUUACUUGCUUGAUAAUGAACAAACAUGGGCUGAGAGGUUUGAUAGGGUUGCUACAGAAAAUGCUGCUCUGAUGGUUGCCCUUCAGACAAGGUCAGAGGAAUUGAGGAAGGUUGCCAUUGAGAAAAUGAGUAAGUGGAGGAAAAUGUCAUUUGCAAUGAUGGUGCCUUGAGUGUUGAUGUUAAAGGCAAAUUCUUCUGGCCAUGAGGUUCCUUGAAAUAGGCAAUGAAUUUAAAUUUUAUGGUUGACAGUAAUUUCUCCAGAGCAUUAUGUUGUAGCCUGCCAAUUUGCCCUCAUUAUUAACAUUUUGGCACAAACCAGCAUAUCUAGACCUGCUGGAAAGUCUCAGACCUUGAACAAUGAGAGGUGGCCAGAGGUCUGCACUAACAAUUUACGACAGACCCCUGGCAAACUUUGCCUGAAAUCUUUCUGUGGGUGGAGACAUGCACAUCCUGCAGCAUUAUUUAUGAGGGCCUGUUUUCAGGCUACCUAGUAUGUAAUUAAGCUGUGGAGCUGCUGUUAAUAACUGGAAGUUAAAAUAUUGCAUUUCUUUAUUAAGUAAUUGUCAUUAGACUACUUCAACGGUAUUAGAAAAUAUGACUUCUUGUAACAUAGUGAUUACACUUUGAGUUAACCUCUAUGAAUGGAAAAAAAAAUUUUUGUUCUAGCAUUGUGCACAAUGGGUAUUUUAUUGGUUGGUCACCAAAUCCUAGUGUUGCCGGUAGCAUUUAGAACUGGCCUUUAGUUUUCUUAUUGGAUGUGGUAUGGGGAUUGAUGUCAGGAAGUUGAAUAGACUGACUGGAAUAUUUUGAAUGUGAAAAUUUUUUCCAGGGGAUGAGUGAAAAGAAAAACUUCUAUGUCUAGUUUUUGGUUUGUAGUAGAUGUUUUUUUUUUUCUCAGCACUUAUGCGGGAUCGUGAUGAGCUAGCAGCGGCCUUGGAAGUCAGAGACAGGAUCAAAUAUGACUUGAGUACUCCCGAGAGAGAAGAAAUCUUGUCCACUGGAGAUCUGAUUGUUGAGGUAAUGUUUUGUAAGACAGAUUUUGAGGAUAAUAAUGGAUCAUUUCCAAACCAAUCGCUUUUUUUUAACACCUGGCCACCCUAGAAUCACAGUGUUUCCUCAUGGUGCUCAUUUAUACGAUCAAACGUUAUUUAAGAAACAAAACAAAACUUACUCUCAGUUACACUCAACUGCGAAUUGAUAACGCUUACCUUGCGUGCACACACGAUAAUUAUUCUUAACGACUCCUUAACAUAUUGCACGAUAAUGGUUUGUUAGUAGGAAAUUCUUUGUGUGUAUUGAUUGGUGCUGUUAUCGUAACACACAGAAUCAUUGGUUUUUAGUACAGUCAAUGUGUAUUGUUAUUAUAUUCUGCACAGUGUAUCCAAGAGUACACCAAUGUCACUUCAAUUUGAAGAUAUUUUCUCAUGGAUUUUACCAGUAAAGGCCAUGUGACCUAAGAGGGCUAGUAACACAGCUUCUUCCAAGUGUAGAUUUUCUUUUUUUUGUUUGUUUUCUUUUCAGCUUGCAACUCUGGGUGCAUGUCAGUGUAGAGGAAAAAAGCAAGAGCCGUGUGCAUGUGCCAGGGCUGCAGUGGACGCUAAAAGGGACAUAGCGAAACUCAAACAUGAGGUAAUCAAGUUCAGAGUAAUUUGUACUUCCUCUACUGGUGUGACUAAGUAUGCACUUCUCAAGAGAUGAGUAUUUUUCAUGCUAGAGGUACAUCAGUAUCAAACGAGAAGAUGUAAAGAAGUGUAAUCGGGUGCCUCAUGAUUGAAUUGUUCUACCGUCAAAGUUCAAUACGUUGUAACAUUACUGAAAAAACAGAACUGUAAUGGUGGUAAUUUUCUUUUUGUUUUGUCUUCCAUAGCUUGAACUUGUGCAGCGAAGGGAGGAAGAAGCUCUUCUCGCUGCUGAUGCGUAUCGUGUUGCAUUUGAACAACAACUUGCCAAGAAUUCUUCACUUAUCUAUGAAUUAAUGAAGAGAUCUAGUUGGAGAAAGAAGACUGGCUUCGGCGGGAAAACAAGGACAUUGACGAAACAGGAAGAAGGGGUCAAAUAUGACCAGGAGGAGAUUAUCUGUCAGGUCAACACGUACAAAGAUGAAAUUGUAGAAACGCUUUUGAGCAUGGUAUGUAUGUUGAAAACCUUGUUUACGCCAGAUGGGAGUUCAUUUUGUCAGGGAACAGUUGUUGGUUUUUUUCCCAGUAAAUAAAACUUGAUAAAAAAUUCUGCAAAAGUGCAGGCUAACUUGCUGAAGUAUGCUUCAGAAAUUAUAUUUUUUAAAUAAAAAGUAGAUGUGAAAUCAUGACUUAAACCGUAUUUUGAGAUUCCAGAAAGUAAAUUAACCUUUCAAAAAAAUUGUGUGCGAGUGUGAAGUUCUUGUAAAUAACGCCUCACUGUUAAAUUGUAAAAUUGCAUAAUUCUUCUUUGCUGUAUAGUACAAGCAAGGUAUUCAGUUGAGUUUACGUAAUAACAGGACCCGUGUUCCAUUCUUGUUUUGAUUGACAGCUCCAUGACAACAGUGAAGCGCUUGCGCACCAAAGACUUGCCACAAAAAUGUUGGCGGCAAAAAUGAAAGAAAUGGAGAAAUGCAGUAACUGUGGAUCGUUACCAACGACAAGAUAGAUGCGUCGAUCAAUUCGAUGUUUUCAUAUCUCUCCCGGGCAACCACCCCGGGCAUUUGAACUUUACAAGACUGGUUGGUUCCGAUUCAAGUUCACAAAGAAAGAAUUAAUUUAUUAUUAAAAAAAAAACUGAAUUGGUUUGAGAAUAUCAAGAAAAGGAAUAUUUUAAGCGGUAUUUUUUGGAAUGAGGUUUUUAUUUUAAGUAAUCUAUUUAUUUAUUUAUUCAUUGAUUGAAGUUGUAAAUAAGUUUUUAGGAAGAAAAGGAAAUGUGCUACGCAGUUCUUGUGUUGGGGUGCUGAUAAAAAUAGUGCGAUUUAUUAUUGUCAAAACCAUGUUCGCUUCAAAAAAGGGUUGCUAGCAAUCCACAUUUUUAGGCUGAUAUGUCAAAAGAUGUAUUUUGGUGGAUUUGUAGAUAAAUAGCAAACAAAAAAUCAAAAGUGUGGAAGUAAAAUCCUUGUACCUCCUAUCAAAGCGAAAGCGGUUGAAACGUGUUAUAUUAUCA